AUGAAGCCUCGACACAUGAAUGGAACAGCUUCCCAGAGAGCAGGGCGUCUGUCUGUCUUCCUAGGUAUCGUAUCCGUACCUAGCAUCAAAUUCCAUUACCACCUCUCGCACGCGUCGCAUCCUCACACACGGACGGAAAAAGUAUCUUGUACUUUUGGUUUCACGGCAUUUCAGGCGGCGCCCGUCGAACGAGCCAGCUGGCCAGGUGUACCCAACUACCCAUCAGGUACUCCGUACACGCACACACGCCCGCCCGCUGCUUCUCUUCCCAAGUUCCCACUCGUCCAGCAAUGCACAGGGGUUCUGUCAGAGCUCUUGGCAUGA